AUGGAUAAAUUUAUUGUGGGCACGACAAAGAUACUUAUAGUUGUUUUUAUUUGUUUUCUUUUGCAGAUAAACUUCCCAUCGGGUGCAUCAGUAAAGGUUCACCUUGGCUCAUAUGUCAACGUAUAUAUCAAGAUACCGGCGACAUAUUACAACGCAACUCAAGGUCUAUGUGGUAUACCAGAUAGUGAUGUAUCAAAUGAACUAUCUGGCAAAGAUGGAAAGGUUUAUCAAGCUAAAAGAUAUCCAAAUUCAGCUUUUCUUACGAGCUGGAAAUUGACAUCAGAAGAAAGUUUGUUCUUUAAAAAAAGCGGUAAGAAAUCAUGCAGAAAACCUGCAUCAGCAAAAGCAGAAGAAAAAUAUUGCACAUGUAACUACGGAGGAGAGGUGGAGAAAUGUACAACCGAAGGAUAUGCGGUGAGACCAACAUUUGGUGGUGCUAAACCGCAAACCAUUGUCUCAAAUGCAUUUGCCAAUUGUGAAAAGAGCUCAAAUAAAGAAAAGGCAGCACCACCGAUUGUAAUCCCUGAUGUGGAUGACAAAGAAAUCUACAGUUACAACCCCCCUGCUGAUCCAGUUGUGGUACCAAAAUGGCCAACAAAAAGCGGAAGAACCGAAGCAGAGGCGAAGAAGUUAUGUGCAGACGCUAUAAGUAAAUCAUCGUCUGGCAAAGCAUGCAAGAAAACAUUAGGAGAUGAUUUUGAUGAUACUUUUAAAACAGAAUGUGUUGCUGAUAUUCAGUUAACAGAUUCUCUAGAUUUUAUUAAAUCAUCGCUAAAUUCCAUGACAACAUCAUGUGAGGAAAAAGCAUUAAAAGACAUCAAGUAUUGGAACAAUCCAACAGGAACAAAUGGAACAAAUGGAACUUUGACACCACCAGUAGCAAUAGGCAACAAUCUAUGUCCCAAUGAUUGCAAUAAUCAAGGACAAUGUAUAAACAGUACAUGUAUAUGUAACCAAGGUUUUGAAUCGGUCGAUUGCUCUCUGGUACAAGGAAAACCGCCAUCCGUUGAGGAAAAGUUUAUUGCCUGUGAUAACAGAGAAGAUAAUUGUCUCAGUGCAGGUGUAUUUGGAGAUGGUUUUAGCGAUUCUUCUAAUUUGAAAUGUCGAUUUUACAAAAUCCAGGUAACAGGACAACCUCCAUACAGAAAGGUUGGCAAUCCUAUCCUAACAAAUGGAACAUCUGUGAGUUUCAGUGAAGUGGCCUGCACUGUUCCUUCUUUUGCCAGCACAUACAGUAAUACCGAGCCAACAUUGGUUAACAUCGGAGGCUACGAGAUUGGAGUGUCAAAUGACGGUAUUAAUUACAGUACUAACACUUCUACAUUUGUUUACUAUGAUUCCAAAUGCAUGACUUGUAAUGACACGACAGAACAAUGCGAGAAAAAGACAGACUCUUGUUUAAUUGACAAUGUUUGUUACCGUCUUGGUGAAGCAAAACCAGGUGACAAUACAGCUUACUGCAAUCCAACCAAAGACAGCAAAAAAUUUGUGGCGAAACCAAGAUACGAAUGCCAAAUUGGUGCCGGUCUUCAGGACAGCUCAUCAAAAAUAAACCUUGGAACAUGCUACGCCAAUUUCAACUCCUGUAAAUUUGCAUGCAUUGCCAAAGUGUCAAGCGUCCCCAAAAUAAACGGGGUACACUUUGGAGUUUUAUCUUCACCUGCAUACAAACCUAACAAUGUGCCAUCAUGUCACUGUUUGGUUGGUAUGAAGAAACGCAAGAUACGUAACUCAGGACAGUCAUGCUUACUGAAAAAUCUUGAAGAGUGGCACAGCUAUGUCACAUGUGCUGACAACGAAAUGAUACUACACGUGAACAGAAUGAGAUAUCCAGCAAAUCAAAAGCAAGUGAUCACUUUGAAAGAUAAUCGCUGCAACGGAGUUUUUAAUUCCUCGCAUACGAUUAUCAAAACAGGUUUUGAUCAGUGCGGCACGACUGUAGAAGAACGUAAUAACUAUAUUAUCUAUAAAAACACAGCCAAGUUGGUGGUUGGGAACGAUACGGUUGCUGGAAGUGGUGUCAUAACACGGAAGAGGAUUGUAAACAUAAAGUUGGAGUGUAAACACGAGAAAAUGAUUAAUGUGUCAACAACAGGAGCAUUCAAACCAGUAAAUGCAUCCAUUACAACUACAGAAAGCGGAAUGGGAACGUUCCAAAUCAGCAUAUCGUUAUUGAAAACGAGGUCAUAUUUGUCAAAAUAUAAACCGGAAGAUUAUCCUGUCUCGAUAGAGCUAUCUGAUCGAAUAUACCUGGGUAUGGAACUGGACGCGUCUCAUUCCGAUUUGGCACUCACUCUUCAAAAUUGCUAUGCCACCAGCACACCUAAUGCAUUGGAUACGUUGCGAUACAAUUUUGUUGAGAAUAGAUGUCCAAAAGACGACACUUUUCAAAUGCACAAACAGAGCAAGAAGAUAUUCCAAUACAGUAUCCAAGCUUUCCAAUUUUUGAAGCAAACAUCAGGCAUCUACAUCCACUGUGGUGCUGUUGUGUGCAAAGCAACUUCACCUGAUGGCAGAUGUCAAUUUGGUUGUGCGCAAAAACGAAAGCGAAGGGAAGCAGAUGAGAAUGAAAAGACUGGCAUAUCGAAAUAUUACGUUGUGUCAAGUGGAUAUGUGAAAUUAGAAGGUGGUAAUAAAGAAACGAAAAAAGAAGAAAACAAAUCGUUUUUCAGUGGAGCAAAAGGCGGGGCCAUCGCAGGUGUUAUUGGCAUUGCUUGCAUUGGUAUGAUCGUGGUUGUUGCCAUGAAGAUAAAGCAACACAGGAGAAGAGCAGUCAACUCGAAAAAAACAGAAACAGAGUUUGGUAUGAACACAUACACCAACGAUGGCUUCAACAAAACAGAAUAAUUUUUAUGGAACUUGUUAAAAUGAAGAAAACUUAUUUUUCUUAUAAAUUUUUUAAUUUAAUUGCCACCAAACCCUAUAUUGUUUUUAGGAAAGA